GCAUGCUUUGUAUCGCCUCUCCCACAGCUGCAGUGAAAACACCGGUGUCUCGCUCAAAUGUGACCGCAGCGGCGCUAGUUUUCAGCCUUCUUUCUGCCACGUUUUGAUUGCUUGACCAAAGGAUGUCUCGUCCUUCUCCAUCCCCCAUUUACACCCUGAGGGGGGCGGGCGGACCCCUUAACACGCUUCACUUUAGCUGCCAAGGAGAGGGCACUCCCCUCCUGUUUUCUGGGUCAGGAAACGGUGCCAUACAUAUCUGGAACCUGAACAGCAGGAGGGCAGAGAAGAUCAUAGAAGCUCACUCUGGUAACUCUGUCAUCUGGGUCGGCACGCUGCAGUCAGCAGAUGCACUCAUCAGUCAGGGCCGGGACAUGCAGGUCUGCUGGUGGGACGUGAGUGAAGGUCGCAGUGAGCUGGUGGAGUCUGUGCGGACUGGCAGUGUUGGAUUCUGUCAGUGCUCCCUUCUAGAGACGAGCCCUGCAAAUUACCUUCUGGCCUACGCUGGGGAGCAGACGGAGGAGCCAGACUCGGGCUCUGGGCCUCUCCUGUUAGCUGGAUACGAGAAUGGCUCUCUGUUGCUGUGGGACGUAACCCAGAGGUCCAAGUUGAGCCAAGUCAAAGCCCACCCCGAGCCUGUCAUGUGCCUGACCUUUGACACCACAAGUCUGAGGGGCGUAUCGGGCUCCUCUGAGAAGACGCUCUCUUCCUGGAGGCUGGAUGGACAGAGCAACCUGCAGCUGCAGGACUGCGUGACGCUGGUCAACCCCGGGGUUUCCCAGCUGUGUAUCCGCAUGGAUCAUAAACUUCUGGCUUCAGCAGGUUGGGACCACCGGAUAAGAGUAUUUGGCUGGAAGAAGCUCCGGCCGCUGGCGGUACUACAGUACCACACAGACAUGGUGCUCAGUGUAGCUUUCUCUGACCACCGGGACCCCAGACAAAGAGUCCUGGCUGCCGGAUCAAAGGACCAGCGAAUCAGCCUCUGGUCAGUUUACAACGAGGGAGCGGACACAGGCUGAGUCACUGAGCUCUGAGAAGAUUUUCAGAUUUAUGAUCAAUACUACAAUCAUGUGUGCUGAUACAAUAUGGAAAUAGAUUGUGCUUCUCAUGUACUGACAUUACAGUUGAACUAUGAACAUUAUAACAUGGGGGGUUUAUCACUAAGAACAACAUGAUCCCAAAGGGCUGUAUUUUUAAAAGUAAUGGACAUAGAAGCUUGUGGUAAAUUUUAAAAUACAUGGAUAAAUAUAAAGUUUUACAUGCAAAACUUACAUCGUUCACAAAUACCCCCUCCAGAUGCACGGCAUAUGUUUGUGUGAUAGUCAAACUCAUCCCGUACUUUUGCAAGCAUGUCUGGAGUCGCUGCAGCUACCUACCGACAACCACGUGAAACUCAGGAGUCUGCUCUUUCUAACAGUAUGUGUUUCACUCCUUAGCGCUGUACAGCUGCAGAAUUAAAGCACUUCAAUUCUUUUUGAUACAGAUUAAAUAAAGGAUCCUCUUCAUGGUCGGAAGAUGCCGGUGAAUACAUGAUCACAACUGAUUUCCAUGUUCAGUCUUUACAAGUUAGACCAACUGAAGCGUCUUAUCAAAGUUGUAUUGGUAUGUUCUGAUGUAUAUAUACUGAUUAUGUUUUUAUUUGUCUCUGAGAAUAGCGAGGAAGGGGUCAAUGUGAAAAUACAAAGAAAGUAUUUUGGUCUCCAAAAUAAAAUCAAAUCUUUAUUUUCACUCAUUAUAUUUUAGUGUGCUUUUUUAAUUUUUUUUUUUAAAAUAU